AUGCCGGCAUCUCAACAACAGACCGUCUUUCGUCUUGACAAAGAACGAGCCUCCUAUCGUAAUUUGAAGGCGCACAGGGAGGAUAUUCCAAAGCCAUCUAAGUACGAAGUACUUAUGAAGGUGAAGGGUGUCUCUUUAAAUUAUCGAGACAUCGCGAUCUCAACAUCGAAGUAUCCAUUCCCGGUCAAAGAUAAUGUCGUUCCAUGCUCUGAUGCGGCCGGAGUCGUGGUUGAAGUUGGCGAGGGGGUCCGCAGCAUCUCUGUUGGCGACCAUAUCAUUGCGACACUGGACUUCUCAAACGUCUUUGGACAGCAAAUGAGCUGGAUGGGCGGGCAAGGUGGUCCUGUUGACGGUGUCCUGAGGGAGUAUCUACUUGUCCCUGCAGUAUCGGCGGUGAAAGUUCCGAAAGACUCCCCGCACACCUUUAACGAGUGGUCUACCCUAGUGGUAACUGGCGUGACCGUCUGGAAUGCCCUUUACGGAUGUAUUCCCUUACGCCCCGGUCAGGUUGUACUUUGCCAAGGAACUGGAGGAGUUUCUAUUACAGGAUUAAUCCUUGCCAAGGCAGCAGGAGCUAAGACAAUCAGCACUUCUUCAAGCGAUGAGAAGCUCGAGAUUGCGAAAAGAAAAUACGGUGCGGAUAUAACCAUUAACUAUAAAACACAUCCUGAAUGGUCCAAGGAGGUACUGGCCUCCACGGAUGGAAAAGGCGUGGAUUACGUCCUUGAAAAUGGAGGCUCUGGAACCAUUGCUGAGAGUCUCAAUUGUAUCAAAAUGGGUGGGCAAGUUGCCAUCAUCGGCUUCUUAGCCCGAGCGUCACAAGAGCAAAUGCCUGAUGUGGCUUCUCUGGCUUUGGAAAAAGGGGCUGUGGUUCGCGGAAUUCAAGGUGGAUCGACUCAGCUUCUGCAGGAAGUCACCGAAUUUGUGGCUCAGAAAGCACUUCGCAUGCCAGUUGAGAAGGUUUUCGGCUUCACACAGAAAGAGGUUAUUGAUGCGUACGAUUAUGUUGCCUCUGGCAGUCAUAUUGGAAAGAUUUGUAUCCAGGUCGGAGAGUAG